CGCCCAUUUCCUGCAGGACGUGAGGGUUGUGCUAGGCGGAUGUGCCGGCGGAUGUGCCAAUCAUCUCGUGUGUGGAACCAACACAAGGACUUAGCGAUCUUGGCGAAGUGUUCCGUUUAUUGAUGUUGCGAGAAAAAGGUGGGAAAAUAUGGGAUGGCGCAACAUCUUUGGGGGAUGCUUAGUUACCUAACUAGGGUGUAUGCGCUGUUUUCGGGGACACUUGGUCUCCCAUUCUUUUCUGCAACGCUCUUGAUCAGAGUCUCUCUUCACUCUUCCACCACCCUUCUCCCGCCAACCCACAAAUAUCACCGAGACUCGAACCAUCAUGGAUCCCACAAACAGCAACCCCACAAACAGCGGCCCUCCACCUGCCUCAGCCGUGUCCCCAGCGCUGCUAGACGGGGAAGCCCCCAACCAGAGCUGGACCCUCACCGGCCAGCCGAUCGUCGACGGCAAAUACCUCGACCCGUCGACGGGCGAGAUCAAGACGCAUACGGGCUUAUCCAAGGGCGGACCGCCGUCCAUAUCCGUCUAUUGGCAGAACAGGCUCGACACGGGGCGCGGGGACCAGUUCCACGUCAUCUCCAAGACGGUCGCGCGCGCAGGGAACAUCAACGAGUACAUCAUUCGGGUCGGUGACCUCCUGCGCACGGGUGCCUGUAAACUGGAUUCGCUGAAUGCGACCCGGUACAACGUCUACCUCGUCGUCACGUCGGAGCUCUCGCAGGGCGGAUUUCACCGGGUAUUCCAACUGUCCGGGACCUGCAACAACUACCCCUGGGGUAAGCAGGGACAGCAGUCACUCGCAGCGCAGCUAUGUAAAAAGACGAUUAAGGACUUCGAGAUCAAGGAUGAUGAGUUUUAUUCCGAGAUGUGGUUCGGGGACUAUCCCGACUUCCCCGCCCGGGUCUUGAAGACGGGUGAACUCCUCAAGGACGUCCUCGACAGGGACAAGGAAAGGCUGCUCGGCAAGAAGGUUAUCGAUGAAUUGGGCGGCCAACUCCCCUUCCUCCCCAAGAUCCUGUCCAUCGCCAAGGCCCUCCCCCUUCAAAUCCACCCCAACAAACAGCUGGCCGCCAAACUGCACGCCAAAGACCCCGAGAACUUCACCGACCCCAACCACAAGCCCGAAAUCGCCGUCGCCCUCUCCAAAUUCGAGGUCUUCGCAGGCUUCAAACCACUAUCCGAAAUCGAGCCCCUAUUCAAGCUCCCCGCCCUCCACUCUUUCGUCCCACCCAACACCACCCACUGGACCGACCAGACCCUGCGAGCCGUAACACGCAACCUCCUCAAAGCCGACGACGCCACCAUCAAGUCCACCCAACACCGCCUCCUCUCCACCCCGCAAUCCGACCUCGGCAACAACAACGCCGCCUACAUCCUCAACCUCCUCCCGCGCCUACAAACCCAACACGGCCCCGCCGACCCGGGCGCCCUCGUCGCGCUGACCUGCACCAACUUCAUGACCCUCCAGCCCGGCGAGGCACUGUACAUACCCGCCGACGGCGUGCACGCCUACCUGGGCGGCGACAUCGUCGAGUGCAUGGCGCGCAGCAACAACGUGCUCAAUGCCGGGUUCUGCCCGCGCGCGGAGCGGAACAGCAUCGACUUGUUUGCUGAUACGCUUACCUUUGACAAGGCGCACUCCAGGGGGGAUGUGGUGCUGCCGGGUGUGGAGGCGGGGAGGAGUGGGGUGGGGAGGACCAGGGUGUAUCGGCCGCCGAUGAGCGAGUUUGAUAUGCUGCGGGUGGAGUUGGGGGUGGGGGAGGGGGAUGAGAUUGGGGAGGGGGAGGGCCCUGGGGUGAUGGUUGUUACCAGGGGGGGUGGGCGGAUGUACGCGGAUGGGGAGAGGUUUGAGUUGGGGGAAGGGGCGAUUUACUUUGUGGCGCCGGGGGUGAAGGUGAGGUGGGAGACGGAGAUGGGGAUGGAGGUGUAUAUGGCUGUUGUUUGAUGCGUGGCUAGAUUACUAGGGGUUGAAAGCCCUUGUGUGUGAGCUGCCCCAGCGCAGAGCUUUUAUCUACUACGUGACUGCGAGGCCGAGUUCUUCAAGCCCCUAACCAUCCAAAUACCCUUGCGAGCCCUCGUGCCCUGGCUUCUAUGUACGUGGUCCUCUAGUUUACAACUGGCCUCUCGG